CUCAGAUUCUCGUGGCUGUGCAGGGAUUUAACCACCACCAUGGCUAGUAAAAGGACAAAGACCAAGACCACCAAGAAGCGCCCUCAGGAUGCAAUAUCCAACGUGUUUGCCAUGUUUGACCAGUCACAGAUUCAGGAAUUCAAAGAGGCCUUCAACAUGAUUGAUCAGAACAGAGAUGGUUUCAUUGACAAGGAAGAUUUGCAUGAUAUGCUUGCCUCACUGGGGAAAAAUCCAACUGAUGAAUAUCUGGACGCCAUGAGGAAUGAGCCUCCAAGCCCCAUCAAUUUCACCAUGUUCCUCACCAUGUUUGGUGAGAAGUUAAAUGGCACAGAUCCAGAAGAAGUCAUCAGAAAUGCUUUUGCUUGCUUUGAAGAAGAAGUCACUGGCACCAUUCAGGAAGAUUACCUGAGAGAGCUGCUGACAACCAUGGGAGAUCAGUUUAUAGAUGAAGACGUGGAUGACCUAUACAGAGAAGCACCUAUUGACAAAAAGGGAAAUUUCAAUUAUUUUGAGUUCACGCGCAUCCUUAAACAUGGAGCAAAAGAUGAAGAUGACUGA